AUGUUCGUGUACGCAGUACCGAGGAGCAAGCGGCGAGCUGCUGAUGAUAUCAAUUGCCUGGGGAGCACAAGCUCUAGGCUUUGGAGACUCAAUGCUGGUGUCGAGGGAGUACCGGAAUGGCGAGUUUCUCGCUUUGCGCAGCAUACCCGCCCACGCACGACGCUUCUUUGGUCGCAUUCAUGUGAACGACAAAGUCAGCGUUUGAAGCCCGUCACGAAACUUUCACUGGAGGGUGCUAAAGCGACGUGCAAUUUGCAAAUAAAUGAGGCGAAAACGCGGCAAAAGAAGCAGCAUUUGGGUGCUUUCGCGGGGAGGCUGAGCUCCAGCCUCGCCGUUAUCAUCCGUUUGUGGAAGGUAUUGCGACGGACUGUUGGCCUCGAGCGUUGUUGCGCGGCGCUUCGUCUUAGCGGGGUGUCUCUUUCCAUGGCGUGCGCAGCGGCGCCGCAAGGUGCUCUGAUAGGAUCAGUCGUAGCAGCUGCACGGACGGUACCAAUUCUAGGGCCUGCGUUUGAGGCGUUUGCCCUCGUGUUUUUCAGUGAGUUUGGUGAUAAAUCCAUGUUUAGUACUGCGUUGCUAUCGAUGCGGUAUGGAACACGUUCUAUGCAAAUGGUUGUCCUAUUGGGCUCAAUGGCGGCGCUGACGACAAUGACGUUCAUUUCCUGCUUUCUCGGCAGAUUGAUGUCGUUUCUGCCGGCGCGGAUUACGCUCAUACUCUCUGUACUGUUGCUAGCUAUUUUUGGUGUUCGCUUCCUGCAACAAGCAAUUGUAGCAUGGCGAAGAGAUCGAAUACGCAGUGCUACAGCAAAACCAGGCGAAGACGAGGGCGAUGAGGAGGCAGCAGCUGCCCGGGAUCUCGAGCGCUACAGGAUUUCCGUCGAUGAUACAGCACCUGCUGUUUUCGCGAAAAGUUUUACGAUCAUCGCCUUAUCUGAAUGGUGCGACCGAAGCAUGUUCGCUACGAUGGCGUUGGCGGCCAGCACGAACGCGUAUGCAGUGAUUAUUGGAGCCAGCUUGGCGAAUUUCGUCUGCACUGGCAUGGCCGUAGCUGGUGGCUCACUCUUUCACAAACUACCGGAACGCAUCGUCAACUUGGCUGCAGGCGUCCUGUUCCUAGCGACAGCCGCGUAUACGUGGCUCUUUGAGUUGCCAGAAGCGGAUUCGUAA